AUGCAUGGAGGGGAUGAUCGAGAUGCCCUUCUCUUCGGACCCGUCAGCAGCGAAAGCCCCUCUACGCAGCAUGCAAUGACACCGCCUCUGGCUCCAGAUGCGCGUCUGUUUCCUGAUUAUCCCGAAAGUUUGUCUUUCGAUGAGCAGUGUACGGGUCCUGCUGAAGUGGCUGAGCAUGGCAGAACAGCAAGCCAGAAGUGUGGCCUGCAUCAGCCCACACUUCGCCACCGCCACAUUUCUCUUUUUGCCUCCAUAGAAUUGGCUCGGCCGCAUAUCACGCUGCAGACUCAUGCGGGAAGCAGCGCCCCUUCUUCUUCGCAUGCAGAAAGGUUGCACGCAGCGGCUGAUCCGCCAGCUGUAGAGCCUCUGCCCCCUUAUAGCCGGCCAGCGGGUGGAAGGCUGAACGUUGCCCCGCUCUGCAGUUCCUCUCUUGCAGCUCCUGCUCAGAGCACUGUAUUCAAAGCUGACCCUCCUAAAGACACGAGCCAGCCACUGGUUGUGCAGCAAGAGGAUGCAGCGGCGAGUCCCCCGCAAUACUACAGUGCAUGCUCCCCUCCCCUGCCAAGCGGCAAGCCUGGUGAAAUCGCAAGUAGUUUCAAGGCUGUUGAAGGGCACCUUGCACGCAGCCGCAUGGGGGAUGCAGAUGCACACCGAUUCGUGGCGCAAGAGCUGCAGGAGAUAAAUCGGAUGAUCCAGGCGAGAGCUGUUCGAUUGAAGCAACAGGAGGAAGGGAUCUCGGUUGCUGUUGCUCAGGCAAGCACCGCGCUGCGUCAGCAUGCCCAGCAGCUGUUGAACCAGGCUGCAGAAAAGCUCGAAAGGGUCGCAACGCAGCAACGUAGACGAGCUGAAGUAGUUGCGGAGGAAGCCGCAGCCAUUCUUCGAAGGGCUAUGGAAGCCAGGAGAUCUCUGCGGCAAGAGAAGAGCAUAUUGGAGCAGUCUCGAAGGCAGUACCGUGAACAGCAACAGCGGAAACAUUUAGAAGCAGCACAAGCUCUUAAUGCUGAACGUCGUCGUUGCGUUGACCUAGAGGCGCAGCUCGAGGCACUGCAACAGGAAAACAGGCAGCUCAGGGCUGAGGUGCUCGCACAGCAGCUUCGGCUGCGAUCGGCCAGCACGAACCCGCAACUAGGCAAAGCAGGCACAUCCACUGUAAGACGAACGCGGCAAGCUGCUGGAUGUCAGCGAGUGCCUGGAUGCCCCGCAGCGCACCUGCACUCCACAGAAACAGCGACUCUCACGGCAGUGGCGGUACCUGCAACUUCAGCGGACGCGGCUCCACGUGCGGGCUGUCGGGUAUGCACAAGACGAUCUGAGAAGAUUAGCAACCCGAAGGACUCCACGACUCAACCUGUUGGGCGCCAAGCAAUGGUCGAUGUCCAGGUUAGGCUACCUCCUGCUCCCCCUCCAACUGCACCACCUUGUUCUUGCUGCAGCGAGAGGCAUGCACACGCGGCAGAAAGCACUAGUCACGAGGGCGGCUCAGGCCAGCAGCAAGUGCAGUCUGCAGGGCGUCGUGAGCCCCCAGAAGCGGACUCACCAGCUCAUGGCGCUGCAGCGGCACCUUCCAACCCUAAGCAUUAUCAAGCGUCCUUCAGGACGCAUACGCGUAAACACCGCAACGAUUCUGCUGGCAGCAGUUCAUUUCGUACGGAUGAGUCCACCAGCAGCAACGGCAGCAUGAGCAGCAGCAGGAAACGUGAAAGGAGGCGCAGCCGGAGGCGCAGAAUGCGGCGAGAGAGUUCUCGACAUUGCCGCUCUGCUUCUCGUGGAUCGAUCAGCACGAGUACGAGCAGCAGCAGCGCUGCGCCUCAGCGUAUUGAAAAUCAUCGACAGCACCAUUCUAGCGAACGAGCAAGCAGUGCGCGCCACCAGCGCAUUACUUUCACGUUGCCAGAGUCAAAACUUCAGCAGCACGAGCUGCUGCGAACUAAAGAGGAUUCAUCUUCUGGAUGCGCCUUGCCUUUGCGUGCCCAAGGCGGCGGUCAGAAGCCUACACUUCGUGGAGAAGUUGCAGAACGGCUACAAGCCUCUCUUUUACGGCUGCAGCAAAGACAGGCAUUACACGACAGGAUACACAACAUUGCAAAGCAGUUGCUGCACCCGCAGCGUAGCCCAACUACGCCCUAA